AUGACCCGAAUAUCAUUCGUGUCCGACGUGACCUUGGUUAUAUGCCGGACGUGUGCCAUCCUCUGGCUGUUUCCUAUAUCCAGCCGACUACAGUACACUGUAGUCUUCUGCUAAGUUUUCAAGUUCAGUACUUGAUCGGUUUGAUAAGUAGUAGAAGUCAUUUUCGACGUUUAGUGCGUGUUUAUACGGUUGUCGAAUAUUACAAGCCAUUGUGCGCGAGUGAAGUGUUAUCGUUAAAAAAAGUUAAGGAUUCGUAAUCAAAACACAAAUAUGGAGAAUUUUGCUAAAAUUCUAGUUCUAGUAGUAACUAUUAACUUAACUUUGAGCGUGCAACCUCCUCUUAGUUAUGGUCCACCUUCAUCUUACAAGUACAGACCAUCAACAGGCGGAAGUCCAAUUCCAGCCAAAUAUCCGGGUGGUCCUUUUGGAAAAAAUGAAUUCUAUUCAAAAUUUAACCCACACUCAUUACCUCCAGGAUUCCGACCAGGACCUCCAUCACAAAGUCAUUUUAGCAAAUACCCUCCACCACCAAACAAAUCAUUAUACCCAGCAUUAAACAAAUUACCAUCUUUUCCCCCAAAUUUCCGGCUAGGACCUCAAUUUCAAUCCAAACCUCUGUACCAAGCUCCCGAAGGCCCUCAAAGAUACCCACCAAGACCCAGUACUAAAAUAGUUAAUAAUUAUGGACCCAAACCAACCUCUUCUAUUUUAGAAUUUCAACAGCGAUUUCCCGUAGCACUUACUGCUUCUUCAUCAUCUGUUAAUGCCGCCUCAGCCCCAUAUUCUGUACCUGCAAUACAUUCUGCUUCUGCAGUUCAUUCUGCUCCUGCCCCACUUCCCCCUGCAUCAAUAUCCGAAAGGCCACACAGAGGAUCAUACAUAAUUAACAGUGACAGUGAAAAUGGUCCAAUUAAAACCAUACCAGCACCUAAUUUAAAUCCAGCAGACAAACCCGCAGAUUUUGAAGAACAAUUGUACAAAGCACAACACCCACAAAAAGUUCAAUACCUUCAACCUUUAGAUAAUUCUAUCAUUGAUGACAACAAACAAAGCUAUCAGGUAACAGAAGAUCCCAGCUCAUACAAACCCAACCAACAAUCAUACUUUGCUCCAGAUCCAGAUACUGUUCCACCACAAAAAAUACCUCCAACUACCGAUCCAAAUUCUAUUCCAUCAACUAAAGUGCCUUUAGACGUUGCACUUUUACAACAUUUAGAAAAACAACAUCAUUUGACAGCUGAACAAUCCAACGCUUUAUCACCCCAAGAACUUUACACCUUAUUGAAUGGAAAUCCAAAUACCGUUUUACAGCAACAAGAAACAUAUGCAGCUCCUCAACAAGUAGUAUACGCUGUACCUCAACAACAACUAGACUUACAAAGUCAAUUGCUAUAUCAACAACCAACCGUUCAAUACGCUCAAAAUGCUGUACCAAUCCAAUACCAGACGCUUCAACCAGUUCAAAUGCACUUCCAGCAAUUACCUGCGGUAGAACUUCAGCAAUAUCAAGUACAGCAACCAUACACAAGCCUCGAACAACAAGCUGGUAUCGCAUACAAUAAUCAACAACAAACACAGGAGCAGUAUCUCGGACAAAUAGAACAAUAUCAAGAACAGCAACAGCAACAACAACAGCAACAACAAGAGCAAAUCCAAGCUCAAGAAGAUAAAGGUUACGAACCUAGAAACCCAUCAGUUGUUCAAGACUCCAAAGGCGAAGAAGUUGCACAAAACCAACAGACUUUCGAAAGUAUCAAAGACCAAUAUUAUUCUGCGGUAGGCAAUGAACAAGCUGCUGGUGUUCUAGCACAAAUUGCUGAAUCUGCCGCAAAUAACAACAUAGAAAGUGGUCACCAACAAGGCAAGUCGCUUCCAGACGAAGCUGACAAGAAGUCUUCCACUGACAACGUAGAAGUACAAAAAUCGAUUCCCAUUUAUGAAGGUUCUUAUUCAACACGAAGAAAUGCCCAAGAGAACGCUAACGGAGGAGAUGAUGAAGUGAUGGCUGGAAGUGAAUCUGUCGGUUCGGUAAUGUCCGUAGAACAUCAUUCAUCAUCGUCAUCAUCAUCAGUCAAUGGCCACGCACCCAGUCAGUUUCCUUAUAACGCGGCCAAUAUCAAUAACAUGAAUGCUUAAUUAUUUUAUACAAAAAAAUGUAUAACAUAUUAUUUAUUUUAUUAUUUAAUUGAAUCCUUAUCACUAUUGUUAUUAUUUGAUUGCUUUUGUUCAAAAUGACUGAAUAAUUGUACGAAUUGGACCUCCGUGAAUUGCAAGGGGAACAUGUCUGUUUGAAUCGAACGAUGUCUAAUUUAAAGUUUUAAUUUAUAUUUUUACCGAAAUGUACCCUUGGUAUACUUCGGAUUGUUUAUAUAAGACUUAAUCAAUAGUUUAAAAAUUGUUGCUCAACGCCCCCAAAUUUUGAUUACCUGUAAUAUUGUAUAGUAUUUAUGUACGAGUUUUUGUUAAAAAAAACCAAAUUAAAAUUUAGUUUUCAUAUAAAAUGAAUACAUUGUCUAAAUAAAUUUCGAAUAUCGAAAUAAUA